AUGCGAGCAACCCCCGCGCGCAAAGGCGGAGCUGGGUGCCGUCUGAACCCGCCCUUUCAAAGACCGUCCCUGCCGCGGCCGGCUCUCCCAGGGCGCUCGCAGGCAGCCAGAGAGGCCGAUCGGGGCCCGGCCGGGUGUGCGGGAUCGCCCCGGGGGCCUGGCAGGAAGCGGGGAUCGCGCUUCUCUCGAGCAGGGGCCGGGCGCUUGGCCGAAGACCAUGACGGGCGGAGGCGCCCCCUCCUCCUCCUCCUCCUCCUCGGGCGAAGCGCCGGCCGCGAAAGCGGCGCCGCGCAGCAGGGGAGCCGCAACGGAGGCGUGAAAGGGGGAGCCCCUCCUUGGCCGCCGGGGUUUUCGGAUGCCCUGCCCGCGUCCCCCGGGGAGUGGUUCCUGCCGAGGAAACAGGCCUGCUCAGUAGCUGCUAUGAAGUGCACAGGGUCUUCAGAGAGUGAAAAAUGUGCCUUUGUAUUGGACCAAGCUCUAGCCAGGGAGGCAAAGAUUUGGAAGGUGCCAAUCUUCCAAGAUUUCAGACUAAAGGGCACAGACAUCCCACCGAUUUAUUAUGAGAAAGCCGUUUUGUGGAUUGGAGAAUUAAGCUCGCUGUUUCAGUUUUGCUCCGGAACGUUCGCCUUGGCUACCAGCAUUCUUAACCGGUUAUUGGCAUCGGUGAAGGCACAGUUAAAAUACCUCCAAUGCAUUGCGAUCGCUUGCCUGGUUCUUGCAGCAAAAAUCAAUGAAGAAGAUGAGAUAAUACCAUCAGUAAAGAAGCUUGCGGUGCAGAGUGGUUGCAAAUGUUCUCCAGCUGAGAUUUUGAGGAUGGAAAGAACUGUACUUGAUAAACUUCACUGGGAUCUUUACACAGCAACAUCAAUGGAUUUUUUAAACAUCGUAAGCACAAAACAUUCCCCCCCCAAGAUUAAAUGA